AUGUCCACCAAACAAUUCGACUAUCCAUCAGGUGCCGGUAAUGAUAUUGUCCUUCCAGCCUUACGAGCUUUGGUGCAGAGUUCCCCAUGGUUGAAACUUAUUCCCUCGGAGAGAGUCGUUUACAGAACUAGUGAAACGCCCAAGGUGAGUCUGAUCUCUGGUGGUGGUAGUGGUCAUGAGCCUACUCAUGCGGGUUUUGUAGGUACUGGCUUACUGGACGCUGCAGUAGCCGGACAUAUCUUUGCUUCUCCCUCUACCAAACAAAUCUCUGCGGGUUUAAAGGCCGUGGAAGAUAACAAUGGCAAAGGCAACAAGGGUUCAUUGAUCAUUGUCAAGAACUAUACUGGUGAUGUUCUUCAUUUUGGCUUGGUCGCCGAAAGAGCCAAAGCUAGAGGAUCUAAGGUCGAGCUAGUAGUCGUAGCUGAUGAUGUCUCUGUUGGUCGAACCCAGGGUGGUUUAGUUGGCAGAAGAGGCCUGGCUGGAACUGUUCUCGUCCACAAAAUUGCUGGCGCUGCUUCUCAAGAAGGAUUAGAGCUGGAUGAGGUGGCAAAAAUUGCUCGAUCCGUCAUUGCGAACACUGUUACUAUUGCCGCUUCACUAGACCACUGUAGUGUUCCAGGUCGCCAUUUUGAAACAAACUUGAAUUCUAAUGAGAUUGAAAUCGGUAUGGGAAUUCACAACGAACCAGGAAUGCAUAAGCAAUCCCCUAUUCCAAGCGUGGAAAAACUUGUAUGCGAGAGCCUUUUGCCUCUUCUCGUAGACCAAAACGACAAGGAGAGAUCCUUUGUCGGAAUUUCUGCCAGUGAUGAUUUAGUGCUGAUGGUCAACAAUCUUGGCAGUAUUUCUAAUCUUGAGAUACUUUAUAUCGCUGAUGUCACUCUUCAACAGUUGAAAAAGAAGUACAACAUUGUACCAAAAAGAAUAGCUGUUGGCGCCUACAUAACUGCUAUGAAUGGUCCAGGAUUCAGUCUUACACUUUUAAACGCUUCCCGAGCUCAGAAAGAUAUCAGUUCUGCGAAUAUCUUGAAUCUUUUUGACCAACCGGCCAAAGCUAGUGGAUGGAAUCAAGUUGCCGUGUCUGAUGAAUGGAAGUCGUUCAAUGUUACAAACCUCGAAGUUCCGUCUCCCGAGGAGACCGAGACUAACAAGCACAGGCAUACGAAAUCGUCCUCUGUAUCAGCAGACCCAGAUUUAUUUGCCGAGUAUCUUACUUCCGGUAUUAAGCAAGUUCUCAAAGAAGAACCUGCAAUAACUGAAUAUGAUACAGUUGCUGGUGAUGGGGAUUGUGGUGAGACUUUGGCGGCUGGCGGCAAUGCUAUUCUUGCAGCCAUCAAAGGGAAUGAUAUUAGACUUGACGAUGGUAUUAAUGCCCUUACUGAUAUCUCUGAUAUUGUCGAAGACUCGAUGGGUGGCACAUCAGGGGGGCUUUAUUCUAUUUUUCUCUCUGCUCUUGCACAAGGUGUAGCUCUUUCUAAUAGUGAAGUCUUAGACAGACCAACACUUGCAUUUGCCUCUAAACAUGCCUUGGAGAGGUUAUAUGUCUACACCAAGGCUCGUGUUGGUGGACGUACUCUUAUUGAUGCUUUGGAUCCUUUUGUACAUGCUCUUGGAGAUCAAUCGAAAACCUUCGCUCAGGCAGUUCAGGCUGCAGUGGACGGUGCAAAUAAAACUCGCCAAUUAGAGGCAAAGUUUGGUCGUGCUUCUUAUGUUUCCCGCGAGGAACUGAAAAAGUUCGACUCUGAAAAUGGUCUUCCCGACCCUGGUGCCAUUGGUCUUGCCGCUUUGCUCAAGGGUUUUGCUGACGUUGGGAAAAAUUAA